AUGGAGAACCACCAGCUGCAGCAGCAACAGCAGCAGCCGGCCGCUCCGGUGGCCGCCGCUGCCAGCUCCCCGCAGUACCGAGGCGUGAGGCGGCGGAAGUGGGGCAAGUGGGUGUCGGAGAUCCGGCAGCCCGGCACCAAGGUCCGCGUCUGGCUCGGCAGCUUCGACUCCGCCGAGGCCGCGGCCGUGGCGCACGACGUGGCCGCGCUGUGCAUGCGCGGCCCGCGGGACGCGCAGCUCAACUUCCCGGGGUCCGCUGGGUGGCUGCCCCGCCCGGCCAGCACCGACCCAGCCGACAUCCGCGCCGCCGCUGCUGAGGCAGCCGAGCGCGUGCGCCGUGAACCGGCGCUUGUCGGCACUGAUGCCGCCGCCGAGCCCGGCAGGGGCCCUGCCAGUGCCAGCCGUCUUGACCUGGCCGUGGGAGACGAGUUUGACGACGACCUCGAGUCGCCCAGGCUGUGGACCGAGAUGGCAGAGGCCAUGCUGCUGGACCCACCUAAGUGGGGCCCGGAUGGUAGCGACGGUUCCGAGGGCUCUGGCUCCCAGAAUUGGCCCCAUGGGUCCCUGUGGGAUGCAUGCUGA